UCACCAUGGCGACGCCGUCACUCCGAGGCCCGCGGAACCGGCAGAGCAGCCGGGGCGCAGCGCGGCGCGGCGCGGGGACGCGCACAGGCCUGGUGGCGGCGGGACGAGGGUCUCCCUGUGUAGCCCAGGCUGGGCUGGAACUUGGAAUCCCCCUGCCGUAGCCCCUGAGUGCUGGGAUUGCAUCUGCUCUUCUGUAACUCCAGAUUUUGCACACAUAGCGCUGACUGAAUGAGUUGCUGUUGGAGAACUGGGAGGCAGAACUGGGCUGACCAACUGGAGACCCAGGCCCCAGCAUAGCCAGAGUGGAGAAGUGGCUGCCACACAUCAUCUGCUGAGGUCUCAGCAUGGAGCACAGUGCUGCCCUCGUCCCUGCUACGUUGCCCUACUACGUGGCCUUCUCCCAGCUGCUGGGCCUCACCGUGGUGGCUGUGACUGGUGCGUGGCUGGGCCUGUACCGAGGUGGCAUUGCCUGGGAGAGUGCCCUGCAGUUUAAUGUGCAUCCCCUCUGCAUGGUCAUAGGCAUGAUCUUCCUGCAAGGAGAUGCUCUGCUGGUGUACCGGGUCUUCAGAAAAGAGGCCAAACGUACGACCAAGGUCCUGCACGGGCUGCUUCACGUCGUUGCCUUCAUCAUCGCCCUGGUGGGCUUGGUGGCUGUGUUCGACUAUCACAAGAAGAAGGGCUAUGCUGACCUGUACAGCUUACACAGCUGGUGUGGGAUCUUAGUCUUUGUUCUUUACUUUGUGCAGUGGCUCGUGGGUUUCAGCUUCUUCUUGUUCCCUGGAGCCUCGUUCUCUCUGCGUAGCCGCUACCGUCCCCAGCACAUCUUUUUUGGAGCCACUAUCUUCCUCCUUUCUGUGGGCACAGCCCUCCUGGGCCUGAAGGAGGCGCUGCUGUUCAAACUUGGGACGAAGUACAGCAUGUUUGAACCGGAGGGGCUCCUGGUCAAUGUGCUGGGUCUGCUGCUGAUCUGUUUUGGGGUGGUUGUACUCUACAUCCUGGCUCAAGCUGACUGGAAGCGGCCUUCCCAGGCUGAAGAGCAAGCCCUCUCCAUGGACUUCAAGACACUGACAGAGGGAGACAGCCCUAGUCCCCAGUGACAGCCCUGGGUGGCCCUUGUGGUUCUGAGGGUUCCCAGGUGUCUUUCUGCUCCUCCCUGCAAAGCCUGAGUCUUUAGGUUCAGGAGUGCAGGCCAGCGGUGUUAAUUUAGUGGGGUUCCAGGUUUUGGGGUUGCCCUCUGCUUUCCCUUCCUCGCUUGCAGUUUUUGAUGCACUCUGUAAUGUACACCCUGCCUGUACCCUGUUACCCAUUCACAUGCAGAAACCUUGGUCAGGGGACCUGGGAGUCAUCUGGUCCUGACCCUUAGAGGAGCUAGACUAUAGUCCCACCUACCAGGCAGCAGAUGGCUGGGUCUGGGCCUAAGGGACUGUCAUGGAAAAGCCAAGAUUGCUGCUUGUGUAGUCAACCCAGCAGCUCGGGAAGCACGUGUCCUUGGCAGUAGAGCCAGUGAUAUUAUGAGUAAAGUAUGCUGGUGUUCAGGAUAAGGUUCCCCAAAAGGGUUCAGCCCGGCCCCCGAAGGAACCCUGCCAUGUGGCUUGGCCACAGUAUGGGACCAUUCUGUUCUUUAAUCCCUGAGCCUUAACAGGCUUUUCUGGGAAGGGGAUAGGCGCUCAGAGUGCUGGUGGAUGAGGGCAGGCUCCUGGUA